AUGUAUACAAAGGUCAUUUCACUCAUUAUUCAAAAUUAUAUGAUCCUUAGAGCAUUAUUCCCUCCAAAAUCACAUUUGAACAAAUUAGAUACCAAGAAAUUUUUAUCAGAAGGGUUACCUGGAAUUUAUAUGUCUUUUAUCCUUCCCGGAUUUUUCGUUUUUUUCAGUGUAACUCUAUCAUCACUUUAUAUUUAUAUAAUGUAUCAACAAGAUGUUGGUUCGAUUCCAACUUUACAUCAAUUUUCCGAUUGGAGUUUAUUGGAAAUCGUUUCUUGUGUAGUAUUGGAGGAGCUUUAUUACGAUUAUGGUGCUUUGAUUCUUUCUUUAAAGGAAUACUUUUCCUUUGUUACCAUUAAAAAAGAUCAUAAAUUAGUCACUACAGGUCCAUAUUCUUUAUUAAUUCAUCCUUCAUAUACGGGCACCGCGUUGAUGUCGAUUAAUCUUUAUUUGUUAUAUUAUCAAUUAUGUUCUAAUUAUGCUCCUAUUUAUUUGUCAUCUUACUGGAGUGAUAUCUUAUUAAGUUUGUGGCUUAUCGCGUUUCAAAUCAUCUUUGCGGGUGUUAUGCAUUAUAAACGAAUUACUUGCGAAGAAGAAAUGAUGAAAAGGCAUUUCGAUAAAGAAUGGGAUAGUUGUAAUCAAAAUGCAAUGUUUUAUGGGAAAUCUUUGCCAUUAAAAUAA